CGACUGUCAACAAUCCGCGGCGCUGUGAUUCAGGGCUCUGGAAGUCGGAGAGGUGCUUUGGGCCAUCGUCCCCCUUUCUCCUCAGUGACCCCACGUGAAAUUGACCUGUGAUUGUCACUACCGGGACAUCUCAGACGAAUAAUGAGUGGAAGAGACCUUAGAAUGUUCAUCACAAAUCACAGAGCAGAAGAUGCAGAGAAGUUGGUUAUAAGAAUAAAAAAUGGUCUUGGAUGUCAGAAAUACAAACCAAUUGAUUAUGAACAACUUCAAGCCUUCGUUGAAGCUAAAAGAAUGGCAUGCCUUGAUACUGAUCGUAAGAUUCAGAAAAUUUUACAAGCAGCAAAGACGAACAAAGAAAAUACAAUGAUUAAACAGCAUCAGCAAGCCUGGUGGCAGGAGCAUUCAGGACUUUUGGAAGCUAGGGAAAAGUUAGAACUGCAUCUUCAGAACUUCCUUGAAGUUGGAAGCUUUGAGAAUGAAUUCCAUUUUGAAAUGAAGAAGUAUGGUAUAUUGUUGUGCAGAGACCAAGAAGUCUUUAAAAUAGCUACGGUGGAUCCCAUCCUACAAUUAAAGAGAGACUUGAAACAAAAACAAAUUGAAAUGCAGCAUUAUACAUUGCAAAAGGAUGGAUUUAAUUCCAGUCAGAUAUUAAAAGAGGUGGAAUAUGUAAAAGAACAACAGAAGACCAUAAUAGACAAGCUUGAACAAGAGAGACGGACCUUAGAAGAAGAAAUCAAAAAUAUUGAAUUUGAGAAAGAAAUUCCCCCUCAUCUUGAUGACAUUCCAGAGGAUAUACAUUAUUUGAAAUGCCCCUAUCCUGGGUUAAAGGUCUCUGUCAUGCAGGAGUUUCAGAAUCUCAAUGCAAAAUAUAAAUCUCAGCUGGAGGAGAUCAAUCUACAACUUAAGUCUGAAGACAGAAAUUGUGGUUGGAGUGAAGAAGAACAUUGGACUUUUCAAGUUAUUGCGGAUUUGUAUUCUCAUGAGACACAGAAUCGAAGCAUGCUUUUCCUGGAUAUGAUGAUGAGGUUGCUACCACAUAAGUCCAAGCAAGAUAUGCUUGAGCAUUGGAGAUUAUGGGACACGCUUCAAUAUAAGAGGGAACGCUGGAAGAUUUUGAUUCAAAGCUGGGCCCGAGACAAGAAAGACCUACUGACAAAAACGAUGAUGAUAUUUGCUGAAGCCUGUAUUGUUCACGAAGCUGAGAUGAUACAAGCACAUGACAGACAGAAGCAACAGCAAAUCUGUGCUGAAUUAAACAAAAAGGUUCAACAAAUGCGUGCACAACAGGAAGAAAUGGGUAGACUGGAAGCUGUUAUAGCUGCUGAGAAAAAAGAGAGAGAAAUAGAGCAACAUAAAAAAGAAGUAGAAAAGGAAAUGUGCCGUAGAGCUAUCGAUAAAGAAAAGGUAAAGCGAUGUCAUGCUGAGAAGCAACGUAGAAGGGAAACCUUAGAACAAAAAUACCAACAGCGACUUGAAGAACUGAAAAGUGAAAUGGCUAAGCAAGCAGAAAAAGACAGGGAAAGGGUGAAAUACAGACAGGAGCUGUUGCAGACUCGUCUUCAAGAAAAGAAGGCAGUCAUCCUGAAGAAAAUGCAGGAAGAAGAGGAACAUCAGAAGUAUCUUGAUGCCUACUGGCAAAAGUUUGCUGUUAUAGCAGAGGCCGAUCCUGUCCGAAUGAUGAGUAACACAGAAGCAUCUAAAGCACGGUUUGGAUUCAUAGCACAAGAAGAAGUGUUGCCCCAAAAACCACUAUAUCAUUUAUCUACAUACACUGACAAACAGAUAGUAUCUGACCCUCGUAUUCGAAUUGAACAUGCACUGCGAGAAGCAGGACUUCACAAUACAGUUUAUGCAAGAGAAGUUUUAUCAAGUAUCCCUCCAGCAAGACCUCCGAGAAGAGAUAUGGAAUCUACUAUUUUUAAGGACUGAUUUUCCUUAAGCCCAAGCUGUUUCUUGAUGAACAUUGACACUAUUUUCUGUGGACGCUUUUGGUACUCCAGUAAAACUUCGUGUGGAGAUGUAAUCUGGUCACCAUCAAGCCAAUUUAAUAAAGUCACACACACAAUAGCAGCUAAAAGAAAAAAAUAGUAAUUUGCAUCUUGCUUUUAAAUUGUUGACCUUGUGGCAUUUCUAAAAAGUUGAAAUAGAACUUAUUGAUUAAGUUAUCAGCUGCUUUCAAGGUUUUGCAACUUUGUAGUGAACUUGAGCCAUUUGAGUAAAUAGUACUAUGGUACACACUAGGUAGCUUGUAAUUCAGGACAAUGACGGUGAUAGAAGCAUCCUGUAAGAGUGGCAAUGAAGUACUAGGGAAUAUUGUGAAGAAAUGUCUUCUGGAGGAGGGGCUGACUUCGAUGCAACAGGCUUCAGCACCACUCUAAGAAGUUGAUGUUGAUUUUAGCAGCUAUCUUUUGGAAAAAUGUUCUGGCAGGCAAGGUCUCCGCAAUCUGUUAUGUGUCACAGUGACCUUCAGAAGAAAGCGGCUUUCCCUCUGCCUGGCCUCUGGUAUUUCCACAGCUGUUUUAGUGUUUACAGUAAAAUGUAUUUUGUUAAAAUUCCCGUUUGUUUAUCUGCCGAUGUGUUAUAUGUUGUGUGUAUAAAUAUACGAAUAUUCCUCUGUUUAACCAAUUUGUACUGGGAAUGUGGCACGAAGGUUAAUCUGAGAACACUUUUCAAUUGGUCAGCAUGAACGUCAUGUGCUUUUGGGUAAUUCUGCUGUUGAUGUAAUACAACCGUAAACUUUAGCCAGCAGAAAUAUUCUGAAUGUAAAAAAAAGUGUUCAAUAAAAAAUCUUUUGAAACUAUAUGUAAAUCUUUAACUUUAGAGCAGCUUGACACAUGAAUAUUUCUUACUUCAGCUUCAGAGGAGCGUGGAAGGUAA